AUGGCAAUGGUAGUAAACCAGUGGCAAGAGAACAUCCAGGACCCCGCCGCGCAGCUGCAGAUAUGCGGCCCGGAGUCCGCGGGGGGCCCUGGGACGCCCAGCGGAUCUACCCCAGGCACGGACGCUCUUUCCGGGGACAAAAUCCCCAACGUGGACUGCAUGGUGUGCGGUGACAAGUCCAGUGGGAAGCACUAUGGGCAGUUCACGUGUGAGGGCUGUAAGAGCUUCUUCAAACGCUCCGUGCGGAGGAACCUGUCAUACACGUGCCGCGGCAACCGGGACUGUCCUAUUGACCAGCACCACCGGAACCAGUGCCAGUACUGCCGCCUCAAGAAGUGCAUCAAAGUGGGAAUGAGGAGAGAAGCGGUGCAGCGUGGCCGUACCUCCAGUUCCCAGAGCAGCCCGGGGCAGUAUCUCUCCAGCAGCUCCGAGGCCUACGGCUCUCAGCCAUACCUGUCCGGCUUUGUGUCCCUGCUGCUGCGCGCCGAGCCUUACCCCGCCUCCCGCUACCCCGCCCAGUGCAUGCAGGGAAACAACCUGAUGGGCAUCGAGAACAUCUGCGAGCUGGCCGCACGCCUCCUCUUCUCUGCCGUGGAGUGGGCCAAGAACAUACCCUUUUUCCCAGACCUGCAACUCAUGGAUCAGGUGGCGCUGCUGCGGAUGUCCUGGAGUGAGCUGUUUGUCCUGAAUGCGGCUCAGUGCUCCAUGCCCCUGCACGUGGCCCCUCUCUUGGCCGCAGCCGGGCUGCACGCUUCCCCCAUGUCUGCGGAGCGCGUGGUGGCCUUCAUGGACCACAUCCGGGUUUUCCAGGAGCAGGUGGAGAAGCUCAAGGUUCUCCAGGUUGACACGGCUGAGUACUCCUGCCUCAAGUCCAUUGUGCUCUUCACCUCAGAUGCCAUGGGGCUGUCGGACGUGGCUCAUGUGGAGAGCAUUCAGGAGAAGUCCCAGUGUGCUCUGGAGGAGUAUGUGAGGAAUCAGUACCCCAACCAGCCCAACCGCUUUGGCCGGCUGCUGCUGCGGCUGCCUUCUCUGCGCAUCGUGUCCUCACCAGUCAUCGAGCAGCUCUUUUUUGUGCGCCUGGUGGGAAAGACCCCCAUAGAGACCCUACUCAGGGACAUGCUGCUGUCCGGCUCCAGCUAUAACUGGCCCUACAUGCCCCCGGUGCAGAGAGAGCGGCCUCUCUCCCUACACUACAAUGAGAACGGCCCCUGAGAAGGCUCCUGGGCCCCCCUUCACUGUCGUCCUGCAGUCCACUCACACAAUAGGACUCCUCCAGAACACGCCCAUCUCACCUCCAGGGCAGGAGCCGGACCCUCUGCAGGGACAGAGGCACGGUCCCCUGGGGUCAAAGCUGUCAGGCCCCUAGACUGAAGCCUGCUGUGUGGGGGCCAGUGUGGACUCAGCACUGGAGCUGAGCCAACAGCACAGGGCAGCACUCACACCAGAAGCCUUUAAAGAGUCAGAUGCCCUCUGGACCUUUUUGUGUUAGCACUGAGGCUGGAACUGUAAGAGCCUGUGGCGGGACUCAGGAGCCCAGGGUCUUUGUGUGGUUUACACACUACAGUGCUCCUAGAAUCCACUAGUACCCACUCAGCCUUACUGUGCCAACCAGGUCUAAGUAAACCAUAUUCAGACUAAAACAGUAACCACUCUCGUAGACAACCAGUCAAAAGUUUGGACACAAUUUUUCUUGUUCUUCUGUUUUUUUCUUUGUUUACAUGAUUAUUUACACUGUAGAUCAUCACUGAAGGCAUUAAAACCAUGAGUGUGCAAGUACUGAGUGGAGCAAACAAACAAAAAAAGACUAAAACUGACAUGGCCCAGCUGUGAAAUGGAGACGUCAUAAAGCUCACUGCAGAAAGCCAAGGGCUUGCAGUGCUGUCGACAAAACAAAAGGUGGAU